AUGUCUUCUGGAAACAAACAACGGGCGCCAUCGGUGUUGGUCACCGAUUCGAGAGCCCGCGAGAGGGUCAGCCAGAGACGCCUGCCGCAGCGUUCCGACGCCCUGUCCCGCUCGCCGGGACGGGUGCCGAUGCGGUUCAUGACGGUCGACAACGUCCUGCAAUUCAGCUCGCAGAUCCCCUCAGGCCAACCUCGCGGCCCUCCCACGCCCUCAACCGGUCCCCACGCCGUCGGCCCUGUCCAUCCGCGACGAGUCGUCUCCGGAGGGCUCCCCAACGUGCACUCGCGCACCGGCCAGCCCAUGCCGUCGCGAACGACCAAGAUUAGCGAGAAGCUGGUGCUGCUCCCGGAAACAGACGACCAAGACGAGGUCGAGGACGAGAUUGAGAGCGACUCGGUGCUCACGCGCAAGCUACAGGCCGAAGACGAUGGGCCGCUGCGCGACGAGGAGCUCGAUGUGCUGCGCAAGCGCGGCGGCAUCCGCGGCAAGAGCUACGCCGAGCGGUUACCCAAGAUGCAGCGCAAGGACAAGGUCAGCCGGUUAACGGCGUACUGCACCGCGCAAGCAUUUAAAAUCAAAGCCACAGCCGAGUUCUUAAAGGACAAGCACGAAGCAAAAACGAAGCUCUACGAUGACUGCUUGUACGUCAUCUACGCGCUGCCGCUGAUGAACGGAAAUGACGGCUAUCGUGUCCGCGGCCGGCCCAUCCUCAAGACCCCUGGCACCGGCAAAACGGUUCUGGAUCUGGAGAUUGAGCGGACCGAACAGCGAGACCACCACGAAGGCUACUUUGAAGAGGAUGCCUACACCGCACCGGAGAGUCCAGAGCAGCCCAGCCACAUGCGCCCUGGCACGCGCGACGAGUCCCCCGACGACGAAACCGCCAACAUGCACCACAGCUUCCGUCCGCAUGGCGACGGCUCUCCGCCGCCCAUCAACCGUCUCGGCGGGCCCAACGCCAAGAACUUUGCCGAGUUGUUUGUCUUUUCGUACGGCGUCGUUGUCUUUUGGAACUUUUCCGAGUACCAGGAAAAGGACAUUCUCGCGGACCUGACAUUUGCCGACGCCGCCGAGGACGGCGUCAGCCUGCUGACGCGGCCGCUUGAGCAGCACGAUUUCGAGACGGAAGAGUUUCACUUUGAGUACAGCGCCGACGUGAAGCGCCCGCGCAUCUUCAACGACAUGAUUACGCUGGUGCCGCGGUCCGACCACAUGAUCAAGCUGACCAUCAGUCACGCGAUUGCGCAGAGCACCAAGCUGUGCCUGUUCGAGGAGCGCCUGGGCGAGACGAUGCUCGACGCGCAGGACGUGCCCAAGACGCUGGCGCUGACGGGCGAGCUAAACAUGACGAGGACGGAGAUUGUCAAGAUUCUCGGACGGUUGUUCAAGAGCCGCGUGGAUAUCAAUCUAUCAUCCAAUAUCCUCGACGUCCCCAACUUCUUCUGGGACUCGGAGCCGACUUUGCACCCGCUCUACGCCGCCAUCCGCGAGUACCUCGAGAUCGACCCCCGCAUCAAGGUACUCAACGAGCGCUGUCGCGUCUUCCUCGACCUUGCCGAGAUUCUCUCCGACUCGGUCAAUGACGCCAAGAUGAGCGCCAUUACCUGGAUCGUCAUCAUCCUCAUCAUCGUCAGCAUUCUCGUCACCGUCACCGAGGUCGGCCUGCGCUUCGCCAUGCUCGAGCGCAGCAAGUCGACGCCCGCGCUCGUCUCCUGGGCCAACCCGCCAUCGUCAUCGUCCUCGGUGCAGCUGCGCAUCGGACUCGCGACGCCCGUGGAAGGGCAGCAGCAGCAACAACAGCUAGCAGAAAUACCGAGCCCCCUCGAGGAACUCGCACGCACGCUCGGGUUGCACGGUAACGCGACGCUGGAGGAUGUCAAGAGCAGCAUACGCACGCUCCAGGAUGAGGCAGGGACGCUGCCCGUGCCCGAGGGCAGAAAGGUCGACGAGCUCAAGUAA